AUGCACACCAAAUCCUUUGCCGUGGCGGCUGCCAUCGCCCUGGCAUCAUCCACAGUUGUUGAGGCGAACAGGCCGCGCAUCUACUUCCCCCGACAGAUCAGACGAGAGUUCGCCAACAACAACACGACAAUCACAGCCUCGGAGGAGCAGCCCGCUCCCGAGAGCACGCUGGCCAACGCUGGUAGCAACAAGCGAGAAAGCCUCAGCGACUUCAUGUCAAGCAUAUUCGGUGGGGAGGACACAAAUGGCAACGACAAGGUCAACGUAGGCUUGAACCGCCAGAGACUCGGAGCCACUGGCGCUGCCCCUCCAGCUCUCAUUCUGCAACCGACAUCGAGUAUUGUGGUGGAGGACCCGGAAACAACAGUUGAGACUGUUGAGCCUACAGUUGUCGCUUCAGGAACAGACACCGGAAUUCUUCUUGCCCCCACAGGCAUCGUCACAACCACCAACAAGCAGGUGGCUCAACCAACUUCGGAGGCACCAGUUGAGGAGCCUAAGAAGGAGACCGAAAAGGAGCCGACCGUUGAGCCCGUCAGCUCCAACCCCGAACCCGCUCAGACAACCGAGCAGCCCAAGGCUGAGCCGACCGAGAACACCGAGACACAGGCUGUUCCCUCUGCUGACAAGAGCGUCGUGACCUCGGUUGCCCCCGUCGAGACCGAAACUCAGCCCGCUGUCAUCGAGACUCAGACUAACAACCCCGAGAAGUCUGUUCCCAAGCCCGUGGAGACCCAGACCCAGUCUGCUCCUGCUGAGCCCGCUGAGACUCAGACUCAGCCACCCGCUGUAGAGACCCAGUCUCAGGAGCCUGAGCCUGUCCAGAGCGAGACCAAGAAGCCCGAGACGCAGCCCAAGGAGUCCCAGGCCGAGCCUAUCGACACGAAGACACAGGAGCCUGCUCCUGAAACUACGAAGCCGGUUGAGACUAAGCCCGAGACUUCUGCUGCGCCUGAGCCCGUUCAAAGCGAGACCAAGCCUUCGACUGAGCCCAAGGUUUCCCAGGUUGAGCCCGUUGAGACCAACACCCAGGCGCCCAUUGAGACUGAGACCAAGGCCCCUGAGCAGCCUUCUUCCAAGAAGGGUCUUUUGGACCCCGUUGAGAGCAUUGUCUCCUCCGUUCUUCCUGACCCUGUCCAGACGGAGACCAAGGAGCCCGACACUGUUGAGACCCAGUCCCAGGAGCAACCCGCUCAGACUCAGACUCAGAACCCUGACCCCAAGGAGACUCAGAGCCAGGAGCCUGUUAUCGAGACCGAGACCAAGGCUCCUGAGCCCGACCAGACCGUCGCUCCUACGUCUGCUGCUGAGCCUGCCGAGAGCAACAAGCCUGCUACCAGCAAGGAUGGUCUCUUGGAUCCUGUCGAGACUCUGAUCAGCUCCGCCCUUCCUGAUCCUGCUCAGACCGAGAGCGUGGAGCCUCAGCCGGAUGAGACCCAGUCUGUUGCUCAACCCGAUCAGACUCAAUCUCAGUCUGUCCCUGAGGAGACUGCUGAACCUCAGCGUGAGAACUCUAGGCCUGGCGAGACUCUCCCCAGUUUCAACCCUGACGAGACCACCGCUGAACCCACCACUGCUGCUCCUGAGAAUGAGCCGACAAGCAAGGAAGGCCUCUUGGACCCCGUUGAGACUCUGAUCAGCUCUGUUCUUCCCGACCCCAGCAAUGUUGAGACAACCUCUCCCGAGGAGACUCAGUCUGAGCCCGUCGUCGUCCCCUCCGCCACGUCUGCUCCCGUUGACGAGCAGCCUACCUCCGCUCCUGCUGACGACGACUCUCAGAAGACCCUCUCUGAGCCCGUGACCAACCCUGAGACCACCAGCCCCGUUGACGUUACAAGCGCUGCUCCUGAGCCUACGGACCUCAUCCCAACCAGUGUUCUUCCUGAGCCUACAGAUCUGAUUCCCACCAGCCUCGCUCCCGAGCCUACAGACCUCGUCCCCACCAGCGUUGCCCCUGAGCCUACCGAUAUCACUGACAUCACCUCGGCUGCUCCCGAGCCUUCGGUUCCUGUCACUGAGUCUCCUGAUGUUACUUCGGCCAUUGACCCUACUCUGCCACCCGACACUGAACUCCCUGAGACUACUGAGGCUCCUACCAACAUUCCCGACACCGAGAUUCCUAAUGUGACCUCGGGCAUCGACACGGACCCUACCACAUCCCCUCCCGACACUGAGCCUACAUCGGGUGUUGAGACGGAGCCCGCUGUCCCGACCAACACCGACGGUCCUGAGACCACCAGCCCGUCUGAGCCCACUGACGUGCCUACGGGUAGCCAGACUGAGGGUCCUCCCACCGGCGAGACUUCUGCUCCUGCUGGUAAUACCACUGAGCCUCCUUCUGAGCCUACCAGCGAGCCUGCUACCGAGCCUGCUACCGAGCCCGCUACUGAGUCUGCCACUGAGCCCGCCACUGAACCUACCGGCGAACCUACCGGCACUGCCAGCGACUCGGAGCCCACCGAGCCCGCCACUCAGUCCGAAGCCACUGAGCAGCCCGCUACCAAGUCCGAGGCUACCAAGGAGCCAGCCACUGAGACGGAGCCCCAGUCCGAGGCCACUGCUACCGAGGAGCCCACCGGAGAGGAGACUCAGAGUGCUCCCCAGACCGAUGCUGAUCAGACUUCGGCCCCUGUCGAGACUGCCACCGAGGAUGUGCCCACCAACGAGCCUACCAGCGAGGCCCCUGAGGUGACUUCUGAGCCCGUUCCCACCGAGCCCAUUCCCACCACCCUCGUUCCUUCGGCCGAUCCUGUCACCAGCAUCCGACCUACCGCUACGCUCACCAACACCGAUGCUUGGCUGCCUACGACCAUCGUCUUCGAGCCUACCUCCAACACGGUUCUCCCCACGGCUCCUACUGAGACAGAGACCAGCACCGGCAUCCCCACCGACAUCCCAAGCAAGAUCUUCCCCGAUGAUCCCGACCGAGUUGCCCCUGAAGGAUCUCGCCUCAUCCAGAUUGGUUUCCUGUACCCGCUCAACUACAAGUUCGUGGCCAAGAACACCGUCGCUGCCGCCCAAGUCUUCAAGUACCUCCCCAAGGGUCUUGCUUACGCUGGUGGUUUCGACGAGAACCGAACCUAUGUCGACAGCAUCGUUCCUCAGGAUACUCAGUCGCAGUGGGGAUACAUCACUGCCCUGGCCAAGGUUUACUACCCCGAGAACAUGAUCGACGCUCUUCAGGCCGAUCUCUUGACCCCCAACUCUCUUCUGUACAACAACGAAGAUGAGAUUGUCCGUAACCUGACCUCGGUCAUCAACACGAGGAUUGAUAUCUUGGGAGAUGAGGGUGCAACUGCUACUGGCGAUGAUGGCAGCUCAGACAGCGAUGGUGGUAACAACAAUGAUGGUUUCGGCAACGACGGUGACAGCAACAAGUCGGCUAAGGAGAAGGCUACGACCGCUGGUAUCGCUGUUGGUGCCAUUGGUCUCAGUGUCAUGUACGGCGCUGCCAUGUUCCUCGUUGCCCGACGAUACAAGCGCAAGAAGCAGCAGGGCCACCGCCGCACCAGCUCCAUCGGCAGCAGCCAGCGAUCGUCUGAGAUGCGAUACACUGGCAACGGCAGCCCCGCCCUCAUGGGAGGCGCUCUGAUGAGCCGGGACUUCUCUGCUUACGGUGGCACAGCGGCAACCAACUCGAUGGUUGGCCGUCCUGCCGGCCGUGACAGCCACGGCAGCGGCCGAAGCGGCAUGGGCAACUCUGCCCGGACAGCGUACAUCUCUGCGCCUGUUGCCGCGGAGAACUCGCUGGGAUGGAACUGA